AGUAUAAUUAUUUCACUAAUUUAAUAAGAAAAGUCGAUAUUCUAAUAAAUUUGUAUAGACAUGUUAGGAUUAGGAAUAAUUCUCAAAUAUAAAUCUAUGAAGAGAGUUAAGCAAAGUGUUUUAAACCGAAUAACUCUGUUUGAAGAAUUAAGAAAAUUAAAAGGGUUGCCUUAGAUUAAUUGAUUUGUACUUUAAAUAUUGAGACAAAUACUAAUAGUGUAAUUUAAGAGUAGGUUUUAAUCAUAUUAUUUCCAUAAUCAUAUUGUAUUAUUCAUGAUUCCUAACCUUUUAAUGACUUAAGUGUGGAGAUUUUAAAAGAUAAGUAAAUUUGAGGUGAGAAAGUAUUUUUUAUUUUUAU